AAACGCGUUUCUUUUUCAGCGACUUCACUAACCAGUAAAACCACACCGCCAUUUUCCCACUUGCGAAAAUAAACUGACCCCGCCGUUCACUCGAGCUCCAAAGAAAGAACAACAUGGGCGCUCUAAUGGCGGCCAUUUCUCCAAUCGCCUCCGCGCCUCUUCCUUCCCUAUCUCUCUCCUCCUCUUCUUCUCCUUCUGAUCCACCUUCGCCAGCUUUCCUGGUCUUCAAACCUGCUUAUCCGAUCCUCUCAACAUCAUUCAACAACAACUCCGUCCCUCGCCGGGAGAAUUUCCUAGCCGCCGCAGCCGCAAACGCCGAUGCUGCCGCUCUAUCCUCCUCCAGCUCCCCGCCGCCGUCUCCUGCUCCGAGAUCCAAGGUGCGGCGGCACACGAUCUCCGUCUUCGUCGGCGAUGAGAGCGGGAUGAUUAAUAGGAUUGCCGGUGUUUUCGCGAGGAGAGGUUACAACAUUGAGUCGCUUGCCGUUGGUUUGAACAAGGACAAGGCGCUCUUCACCAUUGUCGUUUCCGGAACGGAGAGGGUGCUGCAGCAGGUCGUGGAGCAGCUUCAGAAGCUCGUCAAUGUCUUGAAGGUUGAAGAUCUCUCCAGUGAGCCUCAGGUUGAGCGCGAGCUGAUGCUUAUAAAAGUGAAUGCUGAAACUGAGCACCGUGCUGAGAUCAAGUGGUUGGUGGACAUCUUUAGGGCGAAAAUCGUUGAUAUCUCAGGGCAGUCGGUCACAAUUGAGGUUAUGAUUCUUGAACUUGAGUAUCACUGAGAAUGUUUCUGCCAGACUGAUUGAUAGAUCAUGCGGGAUGGAUGAUUUCAUCGUUCUAUAUUGCUUGCAGUUUUCGUUUAUUGCCUUUUUUAAUUGUUUAAUUCAGUUGGGGACUGAUUAUGGCUUAUGAUCUUUAGAGGAGUGCAGUGGGAGGACGUCUCACAUGAUCGAAAUUGCAAUGGAAUCUGUAAAUUCUUCCCUGAAAACUGACUAGUGGAGUCGAUAUGUUUAAAAAAUUUGAUCUUUUUUCUACAAUCAACCUUUGCACUCUUUGAGAAGUAGGGUUUGCAUCCUGGUAGCAUAUUCUGCUUUUUAAUUCUGUUUUGGGUUUUUAGGUGACUGGAGACCCAGGGAAAAUGGUUGCUGUGCAGAGAAAUCUAAGCAAGUUUGGAAUCAAAGAAAUUGCUAGAACUGGCAAGAUUGCAUUGAGAAGAGAAAAAAUGGGUGCCACUGCUCCCUUUUGGCGAUUCUCUGCCUCUUCGUAUCCUGAUCUCGGAGAGAAUGGGGCUGACAAUGGAUUCUCAGCGGUUACAAGUAGAGCAGUCAUCACUGAAGCUGAUACGACUGCAGGGGGAGAUGUUUAUCCUGUGGAGCAGUCUGAUGGCUUUCCAGUUCAUCGAGUUCUUGAUGCACACUGGGGUGUUCUAAAUGAGGAAGAUACAAGUGGUCUUCGAUCACAUACUUUGUCCAUGCUUGUAAAUGAUGUCCCUGGAGUUCUCAACCUUGUUACUGGAGUUUUUUCUCGACGAGGUUAUAAUAUUCAGAGUUUAGCCGUUGGGCAUUCUGAGAAGGAGGGCCUCUCGCGUAUUACAACUGUCGUACCUGCUACAGAUGAAUCGGUCAGUAAGUUGGUGCAGCAACUGUAUAAGCUAGUAGACCUUCAUGAGGUAAGUGGCGGAAUUGCUAUGUUAACAAACUUACUAUAUCCUUAUACAUUGCCUUACAUAGUCAGAGGCGAGUUUUAGCAACCUGUUCUAUUUACUGUACAUAAGAACGUAUCUGUCUUGGACGUGUUUAACUUAUCAAUCAUCAUGCUCUUCAGUGCUGCUGAUUAUUUUUGGGUUGAAUAAUCAAUUUGGAAGUAUUAUUGGCAGAGUGCUUCCCAUCCCAACUAACAGUCUACUCCUUUUUCAGGUUCACGAUCUUACCUCCUCGCCAUUCGCUGAACGUGAACUGAUGUUGAUCAAGAUCGCAGUGAACGCUGCCGCUCGCCGCGACGUCCUUGAUAUUGCCACCAUUUUCAGGGCAAAAGCAGUUGAUGUCUCUGACCACACCAUAACCCUCGAGCUUACGGGAGAUCUGGACAAGAUGGUUGCUCUGCAGAGAUUGUUGGAGCCCUUUGGCAUCUGCGAGGUUGCACGAACUGGAAGAAUAGCUCUCGUUCGCGAAUCAGGCGUGGAUUCCAAAUAUCUCCGCGGAUACUCUUAUCCUAUAUAGUUAAUUCACAGGCGUCCGUUGUACGCAGCGAUCGUGAAGAGAGCAGUCUAACAGCAUGUUUCGGUGAGGAAAGAGUGAAGCCUCUACUGGGAGAUGGUUCGGUCACCGAAUGUAUUCUGUGCCAUUGCUAUGCUAUACUACGUCAUUUUCUGUAGUUUGGGACCAGCUACGUCAUUUUCUCUUCCAUAGCUUUCCUUUUCGUUACCAGUCCCCAUUUUGGUUGUCAUAGCAAUUCGUAACGCAGCUAUAGUGACCAAUUAGGCUACCAAAAUGUUUUGGUCAUGAAUAGUAUUAGUAACCAAAUAAGUUUUGGUCAUAAAAAAUACAAAUUCAAAUUA